AUGAGAAUUCAUGAAGCAAUGGAACAUUCGCCGCAAAAUAAAUUAUAUGCAAAAAAGGAAAAAGGAUACAAUACUUCUCCAAGAAACAUAAAGACAAAUGGGCCUGUUCAUGUUUUAAAGCGGUUUAUGGUUCAAAAGCAUGAAUUCACUUGGUUUCCUAUGAUUAAAAUGUCUGAAAGCGUUAUUCAUUCUAAGUUUAUGACUGUUAUGGUGCCAACAGAUGAAGUAAGCACACGAUUUGAUGUUUUUGGAAAAAAGGUACAGAUGAAUCUUAACUAUAAAACAACUGCUGGGGACAUUCUGCAUGCGGUGUGGAGGAAUAUGGGAAUUUUGCACGGCCUGAACGAGAAUGAACUUCUCUUAAAGUUUGAAACCAGCCAAGGUGAGAAAAUUCUGUCAAUUGAGGACAAGCCCUUACUGGAAAUUAUUCAAUGGAAGCUAAACAAUUCUCUUUUAAACAUAAGCAACCAGAUGCUUAUUCCAGAAGACAAAAUAUUUAAAAACUGCGGGUUUGAGAUGCGAAUUGUUGCAAGCACAGACAGCAGUAAUCAUGUUCAGGAUGAUGUUUACACAAAAGAGUCUUAUAAUCUUAUGUACUUCUCAGAUUCUUUGCCGGCAUCACUCCAAAGGCCAAAGCCAGACGUAAUGCGGCUGGUGACCAAUAUAGCCGAUAGGCAUUCUGUGAUGAUUCAUAUCGCAGAUUCUAUUUGUGUAGGGGUCACUAUUAUAACGCUUUUAAGCCUGGAUGCAAAGGCAAGCGUGUAUACAAUUCCCAAAAUAAGAGACAAGGUCGAGUGGUUCAUAACAGUUAUUUGUACCAUAAUCAUAGGAUACAUUGCCAUACCAUAUUGCAUUUACGAGUUUUUUCAGAAGGAUUGGACGUACGCAACUUCUCUGUCGCAUGCGCCAGCAGAGGAUCUUCCUGCGCUUAUAGAAGGGCCAAAGCCAGAAGCAGCAGAAAAAGUGGCGCUAAAUUUAUCGCAUAUGGGCCUACGGGAGAUUCCAGACGUUGUGUUCACUAUAACAAACAUAUCCCAUUUGAAUAUUUCAAACAACGCGCUAACAGCACUUUCUAGCAAAUUAAAUGGCCUGGGAAUAAAGUCGCUCAAUGCAUCCAAUAACAAUAUUAAAACCAUUCCACGGCUUCUUCAAAUUCCGCAGCUGAAUCUGGAAAACAACCAUAUAUCUGAAUUUGAAAGUGUAUAUAACUAUGCGGAGCUAAAUCUUCUAGGCAAUCCUCUUAAGAAAUUUAAAGGAUAUGCCGACAAGCUAUACAUACGAACAGUAUUUUCAACUGGCCGAAUAUACGGGGCGCUUUCUCUUCUUAAAAAGGUUUCUAUUAUUGAUGUUGAAAUGAAAAAGUUUGUUGGAAAGUUCCCUUUUUUAGUCGAUUUGCAACUAAUAAACAACACUCUUGGUGAGCUAUCAAUUAGUGCGCCGAAUCUAAAAACAUUGCUAUGUGCAAACAACUGCCUUUUACAAUUUCCAUACAUUGAGCAGAAAAGAAAUGGGUCAGACUAUAACAACCUUGUAUCUGUUUCUCUUCCAUACAACUCAAUCAAUCUUAUACCAAGCAGAGUGUGGACCCUUCCUAUUGAAUAUUUGAAUGUCGCACAUAACCAAAUUGUGCGAAUAGACCCAGCAAUCAGACAGAGCGCACUUCUCCAUCUAAACAUCGCAGGAAAUCAGAUAAAGGAGAUAGAUAACAUAUCUCGGCUGGCCGGGCUGAUCUGCUUUAUAGCGAGCUUUAACAUGCUUGAAACCAUAAGAGGACUUGAGUGCAUCCCAGGGCUUAAAUUUGUUGAUCUGUCCUAUAAUAUGCUGAUGGCGCUUCCAAAGCUGCCAGGCAAAGAAACUUCCGACCCACUGACAUGUUAUAUUCUAGGGAAUGUGCAUGUCACAUGCACAGAAUCUAAGCAGAAAAGACUUGUUGCACAGGGAGCAAAUAUAAUCAUGAAAGAAACAGAAGAAAACCUCAUACGCGUUCCGGGAAUAAUUAGAAACCACAGUCGGUGCUUAGAGUGUGGGGCGUACAUUCCAAAAGAAAAGCAUCGAAAAGAAGAGGAAAAAAAGCAAGUGCGUGCAACAAAAAGAGCACAGUGCUUGAUUCGUGAAUUUGUAAUCCCGCCAUAUAACAAUGAAAGCGAUGAAAGCCCUAUAACAGUCAAGGUGUUUGCGUAUUUUUCAUCAAAAAACAAGCAAAUAAAAGGGCUUGUGGAGAGGGCGCUUACAAAAAUCACUAUACAGAUUCAAUCAGAUUCAGGGAGCAAGCUGCACACUGGAAUUUCUGAAUAUAGGCAAAAACUGCAAGAAAUAUGUAUAAACAUAAAACACAAAAUGUUUCCUCACAAGGUAGAUAUUCUUGCAUUUAUAAUAAUUGCAGACAACUACAUAUACACAAUAGGAAGCAACGACAUUAAUUUAAUUCUUUUUCGCGAUGAAAUUGCUAUAUACCUGUGCAACAGUAUGCAUCUUAGUGCAACCGGCAUUAAGAGGCAGAGCUCUGACGAGUGCAUUAUAGCGUUGCCCACCUCUUUAUUAUAUGAAAUAUCAGUGACCGAUCUAAUUAUUGCAUACAAAAGAAGUCGAUCAAUCACAGAAGUACAGCAAUUUCUUUUUUCGCAUGAGCUAAGAGAUCUUGCUGUGUUUGUAGUGCCAAUUAUUCCAAAGAUAGACUACCGCUUAAGAAAAAAACCAGAUGCAGCAGGGCUAAAAAUACUUGAUGAGUUGUCAGCAUACAAUAUUGCGUCUCAGUUUAUUCGGGUGCCAAUUGUCAUAUUCACAGACAUUGUGAACAGCACAAAACUCUGGUCGAAAGAUUCGAUUAGAAUGAUGCAGAUGUCAAAGAUACAUAACACAACAGUUAGAAGUCUUAUGAAAAAACUUGGCGGAUAUGAGGUGAAGACAGAAGGGGAUUCUUUUAUGAUGAUUUUUUAUGACGAGCAGUGUGCUAUGCAGUUUGGGUCUGAGAUUCACAAAAUUCUACUUAUGAAAAACUGGCCUGAGAUGGGAAUUGAAUACAAUCCGUUGAUUUAUGUAAAAACAAAGCCUGUUUAUCGUGGUCUGCAGAUUCGUGUGGGAAUAAGCAAAGGAGCAUGUAUUGUUGAGAACGAUCCUAUAACCAAGCGAUUAGACUUCUACGGAAAGUCUGUUAUUGAAGCAGCUAGACUGUGUUCAAUGGCCAGCGGGGGAGAAACCCUUAUUACACAAGCAAUGUAUAAUAGAAUAAAAAAUAUAAAGAGUGUGCAGUAUAUUAUAGUCCCACGAGGAAGGACUAUUUUAUCUGGGCUCGAGACAGAUAUACACCAUGUGUAUGAAGUAGUCCAUAAGUCUCUUAUAGCUAGACUUCUCCUAAAGUCUCCCCGGGUUAUAAAGAAAUGCGGGUGGAUUGUCACCUAGCCAGAAAUACUCCUCUAUAUAUACAAUAUUCACUGUAAUAAUCUAUGAAAAUACCAAUGUAUCCGUAAAAUAAUAAUUGCGUAUACUAAUUUAACAUUACCUUUAUUUCCAACACAGCGAUUAAAUCUAAGCGUGGAAAUUUUAAUGAUACACAUAUUUUUAUAUAUCUCUGUAGUCAUUAAAUUAUUAUUG